GAGCGGAGCGCAGCGCAGCGCAGCGGAGCGCGCCGAGCCUCGUCCCGCGGCCGGGCCGGGACCGGGCCGGAGCGGCGGCGCCUGGAUGCGGACCCGGCCGCGGGGAGACGGGCGCCCGCCCCGACGCGACUUUCGGUCCCCGACGCGCCCCGCCCGACCCCUAAGAUGAAGAGGGCGUCCGCCGGAGGGAGCCGGCUGCUGGCUUGGGUGCUGUGGCUACAGGCCUGGAGGGUGGCGGCGCCAUGCCCGGGCGCUUGCGUGUGCUACAAUGAGCCCAAGGUGACAACGAGCUGCCCCCAGCAAGGCCUGCAGGCUGUGCCUGCUGGCAUCCCCGCCGCCAGCCAGCGCAUCUUCCUGCAUGGCAACCGCAUCUCCCACGUGUCGGCCGCAAGCUUCCACGCCUGCCGCAAUCUCACCAUCCUGUGGCUGCACUCCAACGCCCUGGCCAGGAUCGACGCCACUGCCUUCGCCGGCCUGACCCUCCUGGAGCAGCUGGACCUCAGCGACAAUGCGCAGCUCCGCGCCGUGGACCCCGCCACAUUCCAAGGCCUGGGCCGCCUACACACACUGCACCUGGACCGCUGUGGCUUGCGGGAACUGGGCCCUGGCCUGUUCCGUGGCCUGGCCGCCCUGCAGUACCUCUACCUGCAAGACAAUGGGCUGCAGGCACUGCCUGAUGACGCCUUCCGCGACCUGGGCAACCUCACACACCUCUUCCUGCACGGCAACCAUAUCCCUAGUGUGCCCGAGCGAGCCUUCCGCGGCUUGCACAGCCUGGACCGCCUCCUCCUCCACCAGAACCACGUGGCCCGCGUGCACCCGCACGCCUUCCGUGACCUGGGCCGCCUCAUGACGCUCUACCUGUUUGCCAACAACCUCUCCAUGCUCCCUGCAGAGGCCCUGGCACCCCUGCGGGCCCUGCAAUACCUGAGGCUCAAUGACAACCCCUGGGUCUGCGACUGUCGGGCACGCCCUCUCUGGGCCUGGCUGCAGAAGUUCCGAGGGUCAUCGUCGGAGGUGCCCUGCAGCCUGCCCCCACGCCUGGCUGGCCGCGACCUCAAGCGCCUGGCAGCCAAUGACCUGGAGGGCUGCGCCAUGGCCGCCGGGCCCUUCCGUCCCGGGCUCACUGACGAAGAGCUUCUGGGUCUGCCCAAGUGCUGCCAGCCCGAUGCCGCAGACAAAGCCUCAGUCCUGGAGCCCGGGAGGCCGGCCUCUGCCGGCAAUGCACUCAAGGGGCGCGUGCCGCCUGGCGACGCCCCGCCGGGCAACAGCUCUGGCCCACGGCAUAUCAAUGACUCCCCAUUUGGGACCCUGCCCAGCUCCGCAGAGCCCCCACUCACUGGGCUGCGGCCUGAGGGCUCUGAACCACCAGGGUUACCCACCACGGGCCCUCGCCGGAGGCCCGGCUGUUCCCGCAAGAACCGCACCCGUAGCCAGUGCCGUCUGGGCCAGGCAGGCAGUGGGGGCAGUGGGGCUGGUGACGCCGAGGGCUCGGGCGCCCUGCCAGUCCUGGCCUACAGCCUCGCGCCCCUGGGCCUCGUGCUGGCGCUGUGGUCAGUGCUAGGGCCCUGCUGACCAGCCAUCAGCGCCUCUCUGCAGCCAGGUGUGUACAUAUGGGGUCUCUCUCCACGCCGCCAGCCAGAGUGGGGACAGGCCCCGGUGGGGCCUCCCCACUAGCCCACCCCAUCUCCACCCCAUCAUGUUUACAGGGUUCCGGAGGCGACGUUUGUUCCAGAACGCCGCCUCCCACCCGGAUCGCGGUAUAUAGAGAUAUGCAUUUUAUUUUACUUGUGUAAAAAUAUCGGAUGACGUGGAAUAAAGAGCUCUUUUCUUAAGCUAUGGCCUCUCCGGCUGGCGGGAGGGGGGGGGGUGCUGUGGGUGGUGAGAGGCAGGGGUGAGGCCAGGCCCAGCACCUCCCCCAGACAGGAGGCCCUCGAGAGAAAAUGGAAUGGACACCCAGACACCAGGCAGGAGGUGCCAUCCCCGCACCCUCCAGCAGCACCCACUAAGCUUGCCCCACAGCUGACAACCCUGAGCCCAGCUGGCUUCCUGGAGAACUGGGCUAACAGAGCACAUGCCGGGCCCACGGGACUGGACAAGGCUGCCUUUGUAGGGACAUCUGCUCUAGCACCUUCCAGCUCAGACUGGGGGGGGGGGGGA